AUGCCGGCUGCGUGUGACCUGGCUGCGGGCCUGCAGGUCGGCCUCCAGCCUGUCGAGCAGGUGGGGAUCGAUCUCUGCUCCAGCAUCUGCUCCCUCCUGUGGCUGGGAGGCGUUGUCCUUUUCCCGCGCAGGUCUGAUAUCAGGACGUGGGAGGGAUUGACGCCUGGUAAACAGUACAAACUUAAGACAGUCACCGCUGGUGUCGCCGAGGACACGACCACCAUCCGCUCGAUGGAUCUAGACAGGGACCGAUUUGACAUCGAGUUCGCGUUGACUCACGGGACAACGUACAACUCGUACGUCAUUAAAGGGGACAAGGUGGCCAUCGUCGAUGCUUCGCACGAGAAGUUCAAUGACCUCUACUUCGAGGCUCUCGACAAGGAGGUCGACUACGCCACGGUCAGCUACCUCAUCGUCUCCCACACUGAGCCGGACCACUCUGGGCUAGUCCCGAGAAUUUUGGAAAAGUGCGCGGCAGCAGGGAACGAAAGCAUCGUGGUGGUGGGAUCCAAGGUUUGCAUUCAGUUCUUGCAGAAUUUGUGCUUCACGCCAUUCAACAGCGAGGUAGUUGCCAAUGGGGCUAAGAUCGAUUUGGGCAAGGGACACGAGCUGGAAUUUGUGAUUGCUCCCAAUCUGCAUUGGCCAGACACGAUGUUCACGUUCGAUCACGGCACAAAGUUCCUGUACACUUGCGACGCUUUCGGCAUGCACUAUUGCUCCGAGCAUAUCACAGACGUCGAGGGUGUCAAGGAGUUGCUGCCGCACUACGCGCUGUAUUACGACUGCCUCAUGAAGCCGAACGCCCGUUCGGUUCUCACGGCGCUGAAGAAGACUGCCGACCUUGAUUUCCACACCAUCGCCACUGGCCAUGGCCCGAUGCUCGUCGAUAACACCAAGGAGUGGGUUGAUCUGUACAAGUCUUGGAGCGACAAGGCAACCCAGAAGCUCGGCCCCUCGGUGGCCAUCUUCUGGGUGAGCAACUACGGCCAGAGCGAGCGCCUGGCCCAGAUCUUCGCGCACGGGGUCACGAGCACCAGCGCCGUCGUGGAGAUGCACGACCUGAACGCGGUCGACAUCCACGACAUCACGGAGUGCCUGGCCCGAAAUGAGAUCUCGGAGGGCAGCCUGUCCAGCAUCAUCGCGAGCGCGAAGGAGAAGAAGCACAGGUUUGCGGUCCUCGAGAGCGCUGGUCCCGAGCAGGAGCCCGCGGAGAUCAUCCGGCAGCGGUUCGCGUCGCAGCAGAUCCCCGAGGCGGCGCCCACGAUGAGCGUCGCCCAGGACACCGUGACGCCCCAGGUCAUGCAGGGCUUCGAGGAGCAGGGCAUGAAGCUCGGGCAGCUGCUCACACAGGCACAGAAGCUGGACAAGGCGCGCAAGCGGGACAAGGACGUCGAGCGCGCGCUGGGCCGCAUGGCCAGCAGCCUCUACAUCGUGACGGCCGUCAAGGCGGGCGUGCGGCACGCCAUGGUCGCGAGCUGGGUGACAGCAGCUUCGAAGUCGCCUCUGGGCAUAUCGCUGACCAUCGCCAAGGACCGGGCCAUGGAGCCCUUGCUGCGCGUUGGAGAUCAGUUCAAUAUCAAUUUCCUGGAGGACGGAAGGUCGCUGACGAUGAUGAAGCACUUCCUGAAGAAGUUCCCCGCCGGGGUGGACCGCCUGGAGGGCAUCGACGCCAUCCCCUCCCCGGGCACUGGCGCCGCGGUGCUGCGGGAGGCCUGCGCCUACCUCGAGUGCCGCAUCGUCUCGAGGAUGGACGCCUCUGACCACUGGGUGGCCUACGCCCACGUCAUCGGAGGGACCGUCUCGAAGAAAGAGGCUGAAGUCGCGACGCACCGCCGCAAGGUGGCCACGUACUACUAG